CUUCCCUGGAUUCUUGUGAAAUUUCCUGAAAUUCUGCUUCCAUCAACGAAGAAAGUAGAGAAGGAACUGCUUCAGAAACGUAGCCUGGCUACUGCGACGGAUUGGAAGGCGGAAAUCAAGAAUGCGACUAGACAGGAAGCUAUACGCGAUGUUGAAGGAAGGAGUGUCUUCUCAUUAUCCUAAUGGCAUGAGUUCGGAAAGAAUUGCUAACCUUGCGAUAGAAUAUGAGAAGAGGUUCUUUAAGAACGCAAAAACAGAGGAAGCAUAUUUGAAUGCUGUAACCGGCAAGAUGAGGAGUGAAAAUCGCCAUGAAAGCGCAAGCAGUCGAGUUCGUCCUGCAUUUGUAAUCCAGCCUCCGCCACAGAUGAGUAAUCAGCCACACCAACGGGCAGUGCCUAAUCCGCUAUAUCAACAACCAGCAGUCCUUAAUUCACUUCCGCAGCAACAUACUCAGCAGUUAAGGCCAAAGCCACAUGGACAACUACAGAGACAAAAACUGAAUGUCAGACAGACACAUCAGCAAAUUGGGAUGCACAAUCAAAGCUUUGUUAGUCCACAGAAAGCACUAAAUUCACCAUGCGGACCACAGGGUUUAGUGAGUCCAAUAUUCACACAAAAUCCAAAUGUGUUGAACUUGCAGCCAAAUGAGAAUUUGACUACCCAAGUAAAAGAGGGUGUGAUUGGUGAAGCUUUUUGGGCCUCAAAAGUCUCACAUCAACAACGUCCUGCGAUAGAGCAGCAAAAGCAACACCAGUCCAUGGGAGCUUCAGCAGUUCCAAAUGGAGUUCCAAAUUCAGAAGAUUGGCGUGAUCUUGCAUUUGCUGAGAUGGAGCAGCUCAAGAAGAUAUGCGUGCCUCUUCUCAAGAAGAUGUGUCAACAGUAUAUGCAGGCAGCACAAACAGGGAAUAUCCAGCACCACCUGGUUGCACUGCAAAAAAUGAUACGAUUUUUGCAAUUGCCAAGGGAUAGAAUCAUCUUAACUCACACUAAAGAGGAGUUUUAUGGAUGUUUGCUAACAAUUGUGAAAACUCUGAAAUUAUUUGAGAAUUGUCAUAUGAAUCUUGCUAAUAAGCAGCAUUCCCUACGUGGGCAGCCCGGCCUCGGUGGAUCUCGCAUAAACCCAGUUCAGCAAAGUGAUAAUGUGAAACUCCAUUUUCAACCAGUGAACUGGGCUGCAAAUGUCUCUCCUGGUAGUUCUUCAUCUAUAGCGCCACCACGACAAAAAGGUUCAGUAAGGUCAGAAGCAGAUUGGGUUCAGGAUAAUCUGUCGCAGAAUAGCCAACAUUCAGUAAACAUCAAGCCAGAAAUUGAACUCCAGUCUCAUAACAUCAGAAGCUCUAGCGCAACUACCUCUCCGCUCCCAGAACCUGCUAAUCUCGGAAGCAAUAGGCAAUUGUCAACAGCAAUGGAGCCUCAAAGUCGCUUACUUAAAGCGGUUGAGUCUGUGUCAAAUGAAGCAUUGAGAGAGGCAGUAUUGGAAAUAAGUUCAGUUGUAAAUAUGAACGACUCUAUAACAGAACCAUGGUGUCACUCAAAGGCCACUCAUUUAAUGUCGUACGACCGACGUGGUUCCUCAAAUAGUCUGAAGCGCAAAAUAAACGCAACGACCUUAAACGACAUGCCAUCGCCUUGCAGUGAUGCUGCUCAGUCUGCACCAACAGUUAUAUCAAAAAGAACUAAGCUCAAGAAACUGUCCGGUUAUGCCUUAUUAGAAGAAAUGAGAAACAUAAACAAGCAGUUCAUCGAAACAGUCUUGGAAUUAGAUUUGGACGAAAAUCUCAAUGCACGAUUAGCCAAUGCAGGCACUGUUCUUCGAUGCUCAUAUCGCGCUGUAACUGAUAGUAAAAAUUCAGAAGCUCACCCUGUUAAGCUGCCAGUGCUGUCUGUGAAGCUACUUGUGCCUCUUGAUUAUCCAGAGGACUACCCUGUAUUUCUAAGCAAGCUUAACACAGACUGCGGCAAUGUGGACGAACAAUUUAGAGAGCUGUCGAACGAAGCAACGUCGAGGCUACGCGCAUUCCUUCGCACUGUCCCGGAAUGCUUGUCUCUUGAAGAAUAUGCAAGGGCGUGGAAUGAAUGUGCCCGCUCUGUGGUAUCUGAGUAUGCUCAACGUGCUGGUGGGGGAUGCUUCAGUGCUCGAUAUGGGACUUGGGAGGACAGCAUCAGCACAAACUAGCCUCUAAUACUCUUCAUAGUUCAUUUGUUAUAAAUAAAUUUUCUUCAUUUUUUUUGUUAAUAUCACUAAUCCUUAUUGGAAAAUUGGGUCAGAACGAAAAAUUCCU